AUGAGCUUUGGGAUGAGAAACUUUAGGUACAUUGAAGAAAUUAAAGAAGCACUGGAGAGGGAGUGCCCUGGAGCUGUUUCUUGUUCAGAUAUUCUUGUCUUGUCAGCUAGGGAGGGUGUUGUUCGGGAAAACACAGAGAGAAAAGAAAGGAAGGCAGAGAAGGUUGCAGAUGUUGUGGUAAUUAGCAAGGCAGACAAGGUUGGGGAACCCACUGUGAUCACUGCAAAUUGCCCUAACAAAACUGGGUUGGGCUGUGAUUUGUGCAGAGUUAUAUUGCUCUUUGGGCGAAGCAUUUGCAGAGGAGGUUUUGGAGACACUCAAGCACCUCAUCAGCUCAAGAAAAUAAUGGUAAAAGCCAUAGCUAGCAAGCAAGAGAGAGAUGAAAAAGCUUCCUGA